AUGGUGAUUCAUCAUCUUGAAGACUGUCCCUUCAGCCAAGAGAGAAAGGAUAAUUGCCUGCAGCAACAAAAUUACAGUAAAAUUAUUCCAUCUAUAUUUACUCUUUGCUUACAGCACCCUAUCGCUGAUGAUAACCAGUCUCCAGAUGGACAUUAUGUACCCAGAGUCUUAUUUGUGGAUCCAUCCAUGACUGUCAGAACAGACCUUGCAGGAAGAUACUCAAACAGACUGUAUGCCUAUGAAGCUGGAGACAUCCCAGAAUGUAAGUACUGCUGGAAAACAGCUUUGUGUAUAUAA